UGCAGCGUCUAAAAGCUGCAGCUCCCCGCCCCUCCAGAGGACAUGAAGGAGUUCAGAGAGACGAGGGGACGCCGCUGAGCGCAGCUACCAUGCCGUGCACAGGCUUCAGAUAGGGACAAAGUUUACACAUUUGGUACUAACCUUCUGUUUUCACCGACAACAUGGAGUACUGGAGGCAGUGUGCGAUGUGGCUGAUCAGCUGCAACGUGCUGCCCGCCAACCACCGGGUGACUGCGGACACCGCGCAGGUGUUCGACCUGGCGCAGACCCUGCGGGACGGGGUGCUGCUGUGCCAGCUGCUCAACAACCUGAAACCUCACACCAUCAACCUGAAGGAGAUCAAUCUCAGGCCGCAGAUGUCACAGUUCCUGUGCUUGAAGAACAUCCGCACCUUCCUGACGUCUUGCUACGAGGUGUUUGGGAUGAGGAAGACUUACUUGUUUGAAGCCUUUGAUCUCUUCGAUGUUCAAGACUUUGGAAAGAAGCAGGCGGAGGUGGAUGUCCGGAGCUGCUGCCUCUCAGAGAUCAAACAGACGGAGGAGAAAUACACCGAGACCCUGGAGUCCAUCGAGAAGUAUUUCCUGAAUCCUCUGAGGACAUUCUUCUCUGCGGCUGAAAUUGACAAAGUGUUUGUCAACAUAACGGACCUGGUUAAAGUUCACAAGAGCCUGAUGGUCGACGUGCAGGACUCCAUCUUAAACAAAAAUGCUUUAAACCUCUACCAGAUAUUCAUUAGCUACAAAGAAAGACUGCUCAUUUAUGGGAUAUACUGCAGUCGGGUGGAGAUUGCCAUUGCUGUUUUAGACAUCAUUAGCAAAGAGAAAGAGGAGGUUCGCUUGAAGCUGGAGGAGUGCUCGAAGAGGGCCAACAAUGGGAAGUUUACACUGAGAGAUCUGCUGGUGGUCCCGAUGCAGAGAGUCCUCAAGUACCAUCUACUACUUCAGGAGCUAGUCAAACACACUCACGACGCUGCUGACAAGAGCAACUUGAAGAUUGCACUUGAUGCCAUGAAAGACCUGGCUCAGUUUGUCAACGAGGUGAAGAGAGACAAUGAGACUAUAAGAGAGAUCGACCAGUACCAGCGGUCUAUUGAAAACCUGAAUCAGCCUCUAAUCAACUUUGGUCGCCCGAAAGGUGACGGAGAAGUGCGCAUGGUCUCCAGUGUGGACAAGAGGAAACAGGACAGACACAUCUUCCUAUUUGAUGUGGCCGUCAUUGUUUGCAAGAGAAGAGGAGACAACUAUGAGAUGAAGGAAAUCCUCGACCUCAACUAUUUUAAGAUCACAAACAACCCCACCACGGACAAAGAGAGUAAAAAGUGGUGCUACGGGUUCUACGUGACUCACCAGCAGGGGCACACAGGCUUUGAACUCUUCUUCAAGACCAGAGAACUAAAGAAGAAGUGGCUGGAUCAGUUUGAAAUGGCCAUAUCAAAUAUUCGCCCUGAGAAAGCGAACCACAACUCCCACCAGUUCAAGAUGCACACCUUUGAGAGAAUCACUUCCUGUAGUUUCUGUCACCUCUUGCUCAGGGGCAUCUUUAACCAGGGUUAUCUCUGUGUUAAAUGUGGGCUGGGGGCUCAUAAGGAGUGUCUGGGACGACUGGGAAUCUGCGGGAGAACAGAUUCCACCAAGCUGAAGCCCAAGGGUACUUCCUCUCCCCAACAACAGGAAAUCCCAACACCACCAAACUCAGGUUUACCGAGGAUGGUUGUGAUCAGAGACUACAGUGGCAUCCCCUAUCCGCAGUGUGGGCCCCCACUAAGCAUUCAUGCGGGGGAUGUCAUUGAACUGAUGUUUGCCGACCUGCACAGCUCCUGGUGGCAGGGGAGAAUCCUGGCAACAAGCAAGAUUGGCUUCUUUCCAAGUGACGCUGUGAGGCCAUGCCCAUGUGUUCCAAAACCUGUCGAUUACUCGGCCCAGCCCUGGUUUGCAGGGCCUAUGGAGAGAUACCAGGCUGAGGUGGAGCUUCUGGACCGAGGAAACAGCACCUAUCUGAUUCGACACAGGAGUAAAGAAUGCACUGAAUAUGCCAUAAGUAUAAAGUUCAACGAUAAAGUCAAGCACAUUAAGAUUCUGACUAAGGAUGGCUGCUUUUACAUCGCUGAGAGCCGGCUGUUCGGGACUGUGCUGGACUUGGUGGAAUACUACAAGCAACACUCACUAAAGGAGGGUUUCAGCAGUCUUGACACCACUCUGCAGGUCCCCUAUAGGGAGAUGUCCAAUGGAAACUCGCCCAAGGCCAAUACCAAGGCUGGCAGUGUGUUCUCCCCCAGGGUGGUGGGUAUUGCCGUGGCACGCUAUGACUUCAGCUCCAGAGACACGCGGGAGCUCUCCCUGCAGCAGGCUGACAUCAUCAAGAUCUACACCAAGAUGACCAAUGGGUGGUGGAAGGGAGAGGUCGACGGCAGGAUGGGCUGGUUCCCAUCUACCUACGUGGAAGAGGAGGACUGACUUUGGGGGAUGGAUGACAUCAAGUCAGCGUACAUUAAAAGUUGACCUCCUCCUGUGAGCGC